UCCCUUCGUAAGUUGUAACAGAAAGAGCAUGUUCCAAAAAUAUCCUAAAGGUUUUGAAAUAUGAGAGCAAGUGUUUGCCAGGCUUUUCUUCCAUGGCCAAAUAGACAACACAGCAAUCUGUUUGAGGCCAUCAAGUGAGAGAUCAUGACCCAGAUGUGCCCCAAAAUGGUUAAACUCAAACUCAGACUCAGAGUCCACCGUCGCCUUUUGACUCUGCGACGCUGCAUUCGUUGCUUCUGGGACAGAAUUCUCAUGUGUUCCCUGGGGAAGCCUAUUAGGUAUCGAGUGUUACCACGAUCAGCCAACGCCAGCGCCACCACUACCACCACCGCCGUGCCUUCGCCGUCUUCUGCCUCCGUUGACUGCAGUUUUUCAGAGUCGAGGGACGUGACGCUGCCCGCGUGUCACCAUAACCACCAUGAUAGUAAGGAUUCGGAUUUAGUUCCCUUGAAGAUCAGUCUCUUGGGUGAUUCUCAAAUUGGAAAGACUAGUUUUCUGGUGAAAUACAUUGGGGAUGAGAAAGAUGAACUGGAAGCCAUUCAAGAGAAUGGAUUGAAUUUGAUGGAUAAAACUUUUUUUGUUAGAGGAGCAAGAAUAUCUUACAGUAUCUGGGAUGUUGAUGGAGGUCAGAAAUCCAAGGAUCACAUUCCCCUGGCUUGCAAAGACUCCGUAGCAAUUCUGUUCAUGUUUGACCUAACAAGCCGGUGUACUUUAAACAGUGUCAUAAGCUGGUAUCAACAAGCCAGGAAAUGGAAUCAGACAGCAAUACCGAUUUUGAUCGGAACCAAAUUUGAUGAUUUCAUUCAACUUCCCAUAGAUUUGCAGUGGACAAUCGCUAGUCAGGCAAGAGCAUAUGCAAAGGCCCUGAGCGCGACGCUGUUCUUUUCAAGUGCUACAUACAACAUCAAUGUAAACAAGAUCUUCAAAUUCAUCACAGCAAAACUCUUUGACCUGCCUUGGACAGUUGAGCGCAAUCUCACCAUCGGAGAGCCCAUCAUUGAUUUCUAAACUUACUGUUGUAAAAUAGACAGACUGCCUUAAUUCCAAGAGAUUGAUCCUCAGGCAACCGGUCACCAGAGUUAAUGUUUCUCAUUCGGCCUGGUGAUGAUUCGAGUUGUUUCACUGAGCAGUGGGGAAGAGCCCGCAAUGACAACACUUAAGUUGUUCAACAAUGAUAGGAAAAGUGAAAAAACAAAAAUGAAAUGCUGCAUGAUAGCUUUGCAUAUUUCUUUUCAGCUCAGCCACUUUUCACUCA